AUGGGAGAGCGACCAGUACACAUUAGACAGAGUGAUCUCCUAAAGAAGGUUCAGGAGCACCACCUGUACACAUUAAAUUCUCUUUGUUCAGUGCUCGGGUUUGACUUUCAGCAGACAGUUCUGGGAAUUCAUCGCAGUUUGGGAGACAUAGAAGGACCUACAAGUGUUAGCAAUGAUACAAUCCAGCAAGCUGAAACAACGUGUGGAUCACUUCUCUAUGAACUUCAGACAAUAUGGGACGAAAUUGGUGAGGCUGAGCCUGACAGAGACAGGAUGCUGUUUGAGCUUGAACAACAGUGUCUUGAAGUGUACAGAAGGAAGGUAGAUCAGGCGAAUCGGUCUAGAGCUCAACUAAAGCAGGCAAUUGCUCAUUGUGAGGCAGAACUUGCAGGCAUCUGUUCCGCAAUGGGAGAGCGACCAGUACACAUUAGACAGUCCGAUCAAAAUGCUGGAAGCCUAAAGGAAGAGCAUGCACAGGUUCUUCCAUAUUUGGAGGAGAUGAAAAAGCAGAAGUUUGAGCGCAGAAAUCAAUUUAUAGAAGUUCAAGAGCAGAUUGAAAACAUCUCAAUUGAGAUUUAUGGCCCCAAAGAGUAUGUUCCUUCCAUUGUAGAUGAAACUGAUUUAUCCAUGAGAAAACUUGAAGAAUUGCACAGACAACUAAAUGCACUUCAAAGUGAAAAGAGUGAUCGCCUAAAGAAUGUUCAGGAGCACCUGUACACAUUAAAUUCUCUUUGUUCAGUGCUCGGGUUUGACUUUAUGCAGACAGUUCUGGGAAUUCAUCGCAGUUUGGGAGAUAUAGAAGGACCUACGAGUGUUAACAAUGAUACAAUCCAGAAACUCGCUGUUGCUACACAACAACUACGAGAAAUUAAAUUACAGAGAAUGCAGAAGCUCCAAGAUCUUGCAACAACAAUGUUGGAGCUCUGGAACUUGAUGGAUACACCUAUUAAAGAGCAACAAAUGUUUCAGAAUGUUGCAUGUAAUAUAGCUGCAUCAGAAGAUGAAAUAACUGAACCAAACACCUUGUCCGCCGACUUUAUCAAUUGUGUGGAGGUGGAAGUAUCUAGGUUAGAAGAAUUAAAAUCCAGCAAAAUGAAGGAGCUUGUACUAAAGAAGAGAACCGAGCUGGAGGAGAUUUGUCAAAAAACUCAUUUGGUUCCAGAAACAGAUGGUGCAAUUGAAUAUGCUGUUGAAGCAAUAGAAUCUGGAGCUGUGGACCCUGCUUGUGUGCUCGAACAGUUUGAGCGUCAGGUUGCCCAAGUUAAAGAGGAAGCUUUGGGUCGAAAAGACAUUCUUGAAAAGGUUGAGAAAUGGCUGGCAGCAUGUGAUGAAGAGUCUUGGCUUGAGGAAUACAACAGGGAUGAUAAUCGAUAUAAUGCUGGAAGAGGUGCUCAUCUUACUCUCAAGCGAGCUGAGAAAGCUCGUGGGUUGGUUAACAAAAUUCCAGCAAUGGUAGAUGUGUUGACUUCAAAAACUAUAGCAUGGGAAAAGGAAAGAGGUGUGGAGUUCACAUAUGAUGGGAUGCGUCUACUCUCAAUGAUUGAAGAGUACAAUAUAUUACGGGAAGAGAAAGAACAAGAACGCCGCAGGCAGCGGGACCUGAAGAAGCUUCAGGGACAAAUGAUAGCGGAACAGGAGGCACUAUAUGGAUCAAAACCAAGCCCUUCCAAGCCCCAGAGUGUAAAGAAGGGAUCUAGGAUGUCAACCGGAGGUGCAGCUAGUAGAAGAGUCUCUCCUGGAGGAGCAAUGCUUCAGACUCCAAAACCUGAUUCAAAAGCUACUAAUUCACGUGCCAUGAGAAAGACUGACAAAGUGCAUCAAUUUGAGCAACAAAGUUACUUGGAUGAUGGUGCUUCAUGUUUAUCAUCAGCUCGAAGAGGACUGGAUAUUGCUGGCAUUCCUGUACAAAAACAUUCACUUGGUGUUGCUAGUGCUCAAGGCAUAGAAUCCCCUCUGACAAGACAACCUUUUGCUUCCAUCUCAUCUAAUGUAUCGUCAAAAGCAAAUGUGGCAAAUGCUGCAAAUGGACCUAGCACACAGAAAACACUGCCCUUCACUAGUCCCUGCAAGGCAAUGACUGCGGCUGAUUUAGAGAAUAUAACUCCAAAGGCGAUGCCAAUUCCUAUCCCUGCAACACCUUCAACCGUAUCAGUUCCUAUGAGUAUGACAUUGACUCCUGUUCCUUCAUCAGUUUUGAUGAGUAUGGCCAUGACUCCAGUUCUGUCAUCAGCUCCUUUUGGUUGUGACAUGACUCCACCAGUCCAAGAGAUUGAAUAUUCCUUCGAGGAAAGAAGACUCGCUCAUUAUAUGUUAGCAUGA